AUUUGUUUCAUACAUGUAUAAUAAUACCUUGAGCCAACUACCAUGGCCAUCUCCAGAACUCUUCUUGCCGCAAUCCUUAUUUCUAUCCUCAUUCUUCAGAUAGUUGAGUCAGCAACAAUCGAUUGUGAUAGUGAAUGCAAGAGGAGGUGUGCAUUAUCAUCAAGGCCGAACCUAUGUGAGAGAGCUUGCGGCACUUGCUGUAACCGCUGCAAUUGUGUGCCGUCGGGCACUUCCGGCCACUACGAGGAGUGCCCUUGUUAUGCCAAUCAAACCACCCAUGGCGGCGUACAUAAAUGUCCUUAAAUUAUAAAUAACAGAAUAUAAUAAAUUAAUUGUAUUAUUCAAUAAUAUUAUUUUAUGUAUAAUAAAAUUCGGGCUUAAUCCCUUCCAAAUAAAGUCUUCCUUUCAAUAA